CUUGCCCUGAUUCGGCUGAAAAUUGGCACAUAGGACCUUCUAUGGGUGUUUGACAAUAAUUUGCACUCAAAAUUGAUUGGGAGCGAGGUGAAUGGUAACACGAUUUACGUAUACCUCUGAGCAAACAAUUUAUGUGCAGAAGCCAAGAGGAAUUCUGUAAGCUGAAGGCUAAUUUGACCUUCAGACUGUCAUGCCUUAUCAAAAGCCUUUGAAAUAUGGAGACGCACGUCAAGCAAUUCACCUGGUUUUUCUACCCCCAUAAAUGACACACACACGCAUUCGAAUAUUGAAAACCUAACCGGACUCAUGGAUAAAAUUUUAAAGAGACCAAAGACAAGGUGGCUACGACGAUAUCUCUGGGUAGCUAUUCAACUAACUAUCUAUCUAAUUAUCUAACACGAGCGAACCGUAAAAAUAAAUACCUCAUUUGUUAGGUACCUGCCUACCAUACCUACUAUAAAAAUAUUUCCACGAACAACUAAAAUAUCUAUUUUAGUACCAACAACACUAUGAGUUAAAUACCACAAAUAUUCGACAUACCAAUGAUAGCAAUAUACUAUAAUAUAUAAUUCGCAACAUCCCUUUGCUAGUGCUAUCACCUAGCAUCAUGAGUGUAAUAUGGACAUUGAGUUUCGUCAUUACUUUAAUCAUUCUAACAAUAGUUGUUGCAGCUGGAGCCAACCAAUUACACAUUGGUGACCCGGACCCCGAAUACAAUUGUUCUUACUGUCAACCUGAACAAAUUCAUAUUUCUUUCGGUGAGAAAAUCAACGAUAUUGUAGUGACAUGGACGACAGUCGAAGACUCGCUAGAGAGCCGCGUUCAAUUCGGGACAUUUCACGGAGCGUUCUCCGAGGAAGCCAAAGGCAACCGCACCAGCUACCAGGUCCUACGUGGGCAGUGGAUACAUCGUGUCACUUUGAGAGACCUUUCUUUUAAUACCACUUAUAAGUACCGCUGUGGCUCCCGCUUUGCGUGGUCCGAACUGUUCUCCUUCACUACUCAGCCUGAAGGAGAGUCAGUGCUGCGUGUUGCUAUUUACGGAGACAUGGGGGUUGAAAACGCACACGCUCUCCCGUACCUACAACAAGAGGCCGAAAACAAAAGCGUCGAUUUCAUUCUCCACGUUGGCGAUUUCGCAUACGAUAUGAAUGAUAACAACGCGCAUGUCGGCGACCAGUUCAUGCGACAAAUACAACCAAUUGCGGCAAUUACACCUUACAUGGUCUGCUCCGGGAACCAUGAGUUUGCCAAUAAUUUCACGCACUACAAGAGCCGCAUGACCAUGCCCAAUCACCAACAAUGGGAGAGCAUGUUCUACAGCUGGGACAUUGGACCUAUUCACUUCGUGUCGAUCAACACCGAGGCGUAUAACUUUAUAUCACGAUUGAUAUCAUUCAAUGACGGCCCAUUAGUGACCCAGUUUAAUUGGCUAAUUAAGGAUUUGGAAACAGCUAAUUUGAAAGAAAAUAGAGAAAAGAGACCGUGGAUCAUAAUGUACGGUCACCGGCCGAUGUACUGCAGCAGUUCUCAAUUGGACACGUCCUUGUGCUUCAUGGAGCCUACUAGAACCGGUGUUUGGCAAAACGUGUGGCAAAUAUUUACUGGAGGGAAAUACGGUUUAGAACCUCUGCUAAUAAAAUACGGUGUGGACGUAGUUAUCUGGGCUCACGAGCACAUGUACGAGCGAUCUUGGCCACUUUAUGACAAAAAAAUCUACAAUGGCUCCACUGAACACCCUUAUACCAAUCCAAGAGCUCCAGUACACAUUAUCACAGGAUCAGCUGGCUGCAAAGAAGGGCGUGAGAAUUUCUCAAAGCAACCUACGUGGAGUGCGUUCCGUUCAAGAGACUACGGCUACACUCGUUUCCAUGCUCAUAACAAUACGCAUAUCUACUUUGAACAGGUAAGUGUUGACUUGAAAGGAGACGUUAUCGACUCCUUUUGGUUAGUGCAAUUACGUCAUGGUCCAUUUAAAGUACCUACCUAAAUGAAAACGAAGUUCUUGACAGGAUGAUGUGGAGUAGCUUGAUGUAUAUAAAUGUAAAUUGUUG